ACGUUGUUAACCUAACCGAGGGAUGCUCAAGCUAAGCCUCCUCCCAUUCGCCUGUAGUCCUUGGUGCCCCGUUCACUCUGUCUGACGGAGAGUAUGGUAAGGAACAUAGGCGCCACGCCGGCGGAAAGUAGGAAUGGGGAAGUCGUAGUGGAUGAGAAGGGAAAAAGGUUCAAGGUGAACGAGCCUCUGGAUGCCAUUAAAGAAAAACGGCUCAAGGAAAGAACUGUGAUUUUCAUUUUUCAAGACGAGGCGAAAAACCUGUCGAGAGGGGUGAAGGAGGACAUGGUGAGGGUUUUCGAAGAUGGCUGGUUUGCUCGACGACUGUUCAAUCUAGGAGUAAGAAGAGGAAGAAUUAAGUUCGAAGGCCCCAACGUAGUAUCAUAUGUGGCCAAAGCGGUAGAAGUCGCAAAUUGGCUAGUCCAGAAGGGCUCGACUACGCUGUCUCUCAAAGGUAAAGAGUACCCGGUCGCCUUCAAACCUUGGAUGACCAAAUCGGAGUUGAAGGAACUAAAAUUGAAGGAGGCAAAGACCAAUUUCUGGAUUAUGACACUUAGAGUACCACUGGAUGCGAUGUAUUACCUACCUAGUGCAGUGGACGGACUCAUAGGGGGUGUCAAGCAUAUGCACGCUCCAGAGGCAGACAAGAGCCGACCGAAGUUGAUGAACAUAAAGUUGGAUAUGGAUCCACAAGCAAGAUUUCGGGUAGAGGACACGCUGGCUAUAGAGUCACCAAAGGGAGAGUUGUGGAGGGUGGAAGUUGCUACGCCGUUCUCAGACUGGUGCAGGAAAUGCGGCUGCAGACGUGAGAAAGAGCGAUUGGAGGAUUAUCAAAGGGAAGGGACGGGAAGGGAAAGAGCACAAGGAGGAGUGGCGACACAACUGUCACAAUCUUCAAGAUCCAGAGUUGGGAUGGGGAGCGAGUUAUUGGGAGAUGAACUGAUGGCGGUUGGCAUUAAACGGUUGUAUGAGGAACGAUCCGGAUCAUCAACCGAUAACUUUGGUGCUUCUCUCAGACACAAUGCAGCGGGCUUGGGAACAAGAGGUAGAAAUACAGCCCAGGCAGAAGGAGGGAUUGGAAGCAGAUCUAGGCGGUAUGAUGGGCAAUUACUGAUGGAAAGAAGAAUCGUGCCCUUGGUGCGUUCAAAAGCAAGGGACGGUAUCUUUUUCCUAGGGAGGGUCGAUACAGAGGGGAGACAACACCUUCCAUCAGAAAUAACAGAGAAGACGCCAACACCACUGGAGGUGGUAGCUCGCGCCAAGAGGCUGUUCGGCAAUGCCUUCCCAAUGAGACUGGUUCCAAGAUCUACGAUGGCGAAUGUUGUGAUCGCGCUACAUGACAAGGUUUACAAAUACUAUUUUCUUAUAAUGGAUGCUCGGGUGGACCCCAGCAUAGUUGGCGCUCUAUCAGAGGCAGGCAUCAGGUGGUUCCUCCUGGAUGCAGUAAGGGAGCAAAACAGUCAGGAGUUGGAUGUGAUUGCUAUCACAUCGGAGGUUUCAGCCCUCCUUCUCCUGAGCUUGAAUGAGAAGCUUCUAGAAAAGGAGAAUCUGCACUCCAACUUCCUCGCCAGCGCUCUUGUGGAACCGUGGAGAAUGUCAUCUCAGUCGGCUCAGUCACAGUCGUCGAGAGGGAGCUCGAUGAUCAGAUCCCCUGCAAUGGCACAAGGGUGAUGGGCUGAUGAAGUCCAAGAGUCUAGCCGCAUCCAAAAUC